UGUUCCUGGGGCUUUCCUGAGCUGAGUCCACAUCCUAGCUUCACUUGAGGAAUCCCCAAAUAGAGGCGCGCAGCUACGGCAGGAGUGGGGCGACCCGAGAGGCGGGCGACGGCGGCGUCCGGAGCACCCUAUCCCAGAGCGUUUACCUGGAGUUGGUUCUGGUCGUGAGCUGAGGGACGCCGCCGUGGGGGUCGGAGGUGGUGGACCCCGGCGUCCGAGCGAGUGUACACCUCACAGGACAAAAAAUGGAAGACCUACCUGAUGCUUCUGCUUUUUCCACUAAGCUUAAAAACACUCUCAUCCAGUAUCAUAGCAUUGAAGAUGAUAAGUGGAGAGUUGCUAAGAAAACGAAAGAUGUAACAGUUUGGAGAAAACCUUCAGAAGAAUUUAGUGGAUAUCUCUACAAAGCCCAAGGUGUCAUAGAUGACAUUGUCAAUAGUGUAAUAGACCACAUACGCCCAGGGCCCUGUCGCUUGGAUUGGGACAGCUUGAUGACUUCUUUGGAUAUUUUGGAGCACUUUGAAGAGAAUUGUUGUGUGAUGCGUUAUACUACUGCUGGUCAGCUUUGGAAUAUAAUUUCCCCAAGAGAGUUUGUUGAUUUCUCCUACACUGUGGGCUACAAAGAAGGGCUUUUAUCCUGUGGGAUAAGUCUUGACUGGAGUGAAAAGAGAUCAGAAUUUGUUCGUGGAUAUAACCAUCCCUGUGGUUGGUUUUGUGUUCCACUUAAAGACAAUCCAGACCAGAGUCUUUUGACAGGCUAUAUUCAGACGGAUCUGCGAGGGAUGAUUCCUCAGUCUGCAGUAGAUACAGCCAUGGCAAGCACUUUAACCAACUUCUAUGGUGACUUACGAAAAGCCUUACAAAAGGCAUAAUACAUGAAAACCUGCAGUACCAUGGUCCACUGAAUUAUUUCUUCCUUCCAGCUGCAUGGCCUGUGAAAGUCAUCCACUCUUCCCAUCUGCAUACCCUGUAGAAUAACUUGAGAUUUUUUUUGGCUUACUAGUACAAUAUUGUAUUUUAUUCCUACAGUAAAUAUUUAAGAGAGAGCAUUUCAGUUUUCUUAAACAGCUAUUUGCACAUUGUUUGGUUAUGGCAGUGUGUUUAGGAAUGGAGAGCGUCUACAGAAAUCCACAAAGAAGUGGACACAAAUGCUUAAGAAAUGGAGUAUUGUCUUAGUAUGAAUAUUUUGGUUGCUUCGAAAUUAGAGAAAGCACAAGCUUCAUGCUAUUAGGUUAAAAUCAUCUAUUUUAGAGCUUUAUGAAUAUUUUAUAAAUUUUUAAUUUUUCUGAGAUUAAAUAUAAUGUUUUACUUUUGGUAUGCUCUGUGAGUUGGGCAAUAGCUUAGACAAAAGAAAAAAAGCCCUUCUCUAUUUUUUAUAAAGAUGAACUUCAUUGUCAAUUCACUGAGCUACUUUCAGCAUUGAAAAGAGCAGAAAUAAGAAUAGAUAUUGUAACAAGUACAAUUAAAGCACAAAUCAGUUUUGAUAUCUAGAUAGCAUUCUUUUGUGGACAUCUUUUUAAGAGCAUAUUUGUGUCUUUAUGUGUGUUUAUUUUGUGAAUCUUAAAAGCACUGAUGUAUAAAUAUGGCAGUACAAAAAACUGCCAAAUAUAUGUGCUUGGGGACAUCACACUGAGUUCAUUGGUAGUGAAAAUCUGGGUUGUGUGAAAUGGCUGGUAGUAUCAUGUAAUCACCAAUAGAGAAUAAUCUCUCUAGAAAGUCAAAUUCAAUGUUUUAUACAUGUUUUAGUUUUAAAAAUAUCACUCUACUCAUGAAGCAUUACAAAGUGGAUCAUAAAUAUUCACAGUUGUGAUGUAACUUUGGUCUGGAACAAUAACAAAUAUAUUUUUAAACUUAUCCGAAUGCCUAGAUAAGUCAUUUUCUAAUGUCUUAAAUAGACUGUAUAGGUCCCUUGAAUCUGUAGCUGCCUUAAAUGAAGAUUCCUAGAUGAAUUUACCUAAUUCUUUGUCUUUCGAGCUGUCUACCUAGUUUACUUCUAAAAUGAGAACUUGAGGCAACUCAGUGUGUAUAUGCAAACCUUCAUAUGUAUUUAUAUGUUUGUGUACAUGCACAAAUCUUAAAAUCCAUUUCAGUGUUCAGUGUCAAUUCUGUAUGUAUUGCUGUGUUACUGUCACUGUUUCUUUUCUUUUUGGUUAAUAUAGGGUAAAGUGAGCCCUGGAAAUACUUAUGCACUAGACAGGCCACAAAAAGCACAAACAUAUAUAUAGUGGUUCAAGCACAUGAAGGCUUGAUUUUUGUAUUAGUUUAUUGUAUUUCCCUAAGUGUAAAGAAAUAAUAUGUCAUAGCUUUUCAGUCUCAUUUUGACAAAGCAGACAAAUUGAAGCUGCUUUUUGUUUUUGUUUUUGUUUUUUUUUU